AGGAGGAAAGGAAAAAAGAUGAAAGGGAAGAAGAAGAUGAAGAAGAGAGGAAAAGAAGAAGGCUACAAGAAGAGGUGGAAGAAUAACAAAAGGAUAAAGAAGAGGAGGAAGGAGAAGAAUGAGGCGAUAGUUUCACUCCCAGUCGAUAGGGGUCACUCAGGAGUUGUGAGCAGCCACCGGAAGCGGAUACAUUCAUUUCCGGUUCCCGGACCGUUCAGUUGGCGGCAGAAAGGCGCCAAAUAAGAAAUGUUGUUGUGGGUCCGUGGAAUAAGAUGUUGUGGACUAGCGAACAGAUUCACUGACGCAUCUCACGUUUAAAGUUUUAGCGAUAAGCCGCGGACCAAAGUGUCAACUUAAUAACCGCGUGAAGGACUUUAUUUAUUUUUUUAGUUCGUCAAUCACCAUGGAGACACUUUUCAGUAAACUUUUACAGGUUAAUGUGAGGUGCAGGGACUGCGAGGAAAGGAGAGCUAAUGUCCGCGUCACCAUUGAGCUUCAGUUGUCGACAAGCCCAGUGCACAAAAGGGAUCUUCAGGUUAGACUUACAGAUGAUGUAGAUCCAUAUUUUCUCUUCAAACUCUCAAUAUCAGAAGAAGAUUUUCAAAGUUUGAAAGUUCAGCAGGGGCUACUGAUAGACUUUGCAUCAUUUCCUCAGAAGUUUAUUGACCUGCUCAACCUCUGCUAUUCUGAACAGGAGUCAGACAAUCCAAGGUUUCUUUUGUGCUUGUCGAGCCAGUCGCAGCUGCUUGAAGGUCCUGCCACUUUCAGUGUCGUAGAGACGAAUGCGUUCAAGCACCUGAACCACUUGUCUUUACGACUCGUUCAAGGCGCUGACAAAGAGGUCAAGGACUAUCUGGCGGGGUGUCUCUCUGCUCUGAAGGCUGAGAAGGAGGCUUUAGACAUAAAGCUCAAGAAGACUGAAGAUGAUCUGUCCAGACAGCUGAGCUACGCUCAACAGACUCUGUCUGAGAAAACUAAAGAGUUGGACAAACUGCGUUCAGAGUGGACGAAUCAGACCAGCUCCCUCUCCACUCGUCAUUCUCAGGAGUUACAGCUGGAGAGAGAGAAGACCGUGGAGCUGCAGAGGAAGUUUCAGCAGCAGACCGACCACAUCCGCGAGGAGCUGGAGACUUCUCACAAGAACAACAUCCAGCAGCUCCACAGCAGACUGACGGAGCUGGAGACGUCCAGCAGAGAGCUGACGGAGAAGAAAUACAAGAACGAGUCGGUCAUCAGGGACCUGAAGAUUAAACUAGUGGGCGCAGAAGAGGAAGGGCAGCAUUUGAGGCAGCAAGUCCUCUCUCUGAAGAGGGAGAACAGCACUCUGGACACGGCCGUCCAUGAAAAGGAGCGUUUGGUGAGCCAGCUGCAGAUGAGAGUGGCUGUCAUGGAGCAGGAGAUCAGAGAUAAGGAUCAGCUGAUGCAGCACUCAAAGGAGGUGCUGGAAGCCACCCAGCAGCAGAAGGCAACAGUGGAAGGAAAUGCAGAAAGUAAGGAACUUAAAAUAAGAAAACUUGAGACGACAGUAAAGUCGCUGUCUGAGGAGCUCAUAAAGGCUAACGGUAUCAUUAAGAAGCUGCAGGGGGAGGUCCGAGGCCUGGUGGGAAAAAUAAAAGUCAAAAACACUGUGACUGUGUCGCAGGAGAAGGUUCUCCAGGAAACAUCCGAAAGACUCCACAGUGUUGAAAAGGAGCUGCAGAGCGUCCAGCAGCAGCUCAUCACCAAGGAUGAGCAGGUUUCUAAGCUGAAGGAGCAGCUGGAUGCAACGGUACAAAAGCUAAACGAAAGCAGAGAAGUGUUGAGAACAAAUGAGAACGUUAUAGGUUGGCUUAAUAAGCAGCUGAACGAAAGGCAGCUCUCCACGAAGGCCCAGCCUCCCGAGGCUUUGGAGAACCCAUCGGUUUUAUCCACAACAGCAGGACUGAGGUUUUAUCCUCAGACGUGUAAACUUGCUGGAUCCCCUGUGACCGGGGCUGAAAUCACUCUUGCUGAACAGCGAGCAGGACAGGCAGCCAAUAAACACAUUGGGGACUCUGUGGGUCUGGAUCCUAAGUACUUUGAGAGGAGAGAUGUUGCCAGCACGAUCUAUACGCCCUCGUCUAAUCUUCACAGAGACUUUCCUCAGCAAACAAAGCCUUCCAUAGUGUCGGCUUACUUCACUGCGUAAAACAGGAUUCGACCGGGAACAAAGUUGUUGCCAUUACAACUCGAAGAGGAAAUGAAACCACUAAACUUCUCGUUCUGUGUAAUAUCUUCUGCUCCUGUGAAGUAUUAUAACCGAUGUGCUGUGUUGUAGAUGCUCUUUUAACUGAUGUCUCUCUGUUUUGUCGUCCAAGUUAUUUCUGUUGAAUUAUUUAUAAUGGAUUCCAGUGAUGAAGGAUCAUAUACAGGUUUAUCCCCCUCUGAAUUUUCUAUAUUUCUGUAUAAAAAACAAAAAAAAAAAGACUCAAAACAUGAGCGGACUUUCACACCUGUCUUGAACGCAGACAAAGAAAACCCAAUGAAAUGAAUUAAAACACAAAUAUUAUAUUUGAGCAUUUAUUUGUUCAAGAAAAUGAGCUACUGUUACAUAUCUGAGAGUUGCACAAGCACAGAUUGGGAUUCGAAAUGGAUUCUGCUUUGGCCUUGAAAUAAACUUAGAGGAAGACGUUAUUUGCACAAGUCUAAUAUUUCAUUUCCCUUUAACUGAGUUCUCUUUGUCUACUUUCAGUACUUGUUUUUAAAAUAAGAUUUGAGUCUUUUUUAAUGCAGAAAUGUCAAAAAUUCUUUCACACACCACUGCAUUAAUGUCCUUAGAUUAGCUGAAAUCUUUCCUCAUGCUGUCCAGUGUGUUUACAGUCCUUAAGUAUUUAUAUUGUAGUUGUGUUUUUAACAGUAUUUCAAUUUGGAAAUGUACAUUUUAAUAAACAUGAUUUCCAUGCUGGUCUUUUAACCGAGUC